CGGAAGUUGAGGCGGGUACCGCUCUACAAUGCGCUCUCUAUGUCGCCCCCCCCCCCAGCUGUUAUGACUGGGGCUGUGUGGUUACGGUGUGGUUGGCGACUGCGACCUUCUCAGCUUCGGCGUUGUGUGGCUGGCCGUUUCCGAGGGGACUUUGCCGUUUCCAAGUUAGCUGAAGCCGGAUUGCAGCCGCGGCUGGAUAAAUUCGGGGGGCUCAGCCUGCACUUGGCUCAGCUGCGUUCUCCCGAGAGCCUGGACGCAGCUACCUUCCAGGGCUGGCUACGGGAUUCUAUCAAGCAAUGGAGAGCAGAAGGCCACAUCGCAGUCUGGCUACAUGUUCCUAUUCUUCAAAGCAGAUUUAUAACUGCUGCUGCAGAGCAAGGCUUUGCCUUCCACCAUGCAGAAUCCAACUCUGCUACACUGACUCUAUGGUUAGCAGAUGGAAGUAGCAGGUUACCUUAUUAUGCCACUCAUCAAUUAGGAGUUGCAGGUGCUGUAUUAGAUACCAACACUGGAAAGGUAUUGGUUGUACAAGACAGAAAUAAAACUACAAAUGUAUGGAAGUUCCCAGGAGGAUUGUCUGAACCAGGUGAAGACAUUGGAAACACAGCAGUUCGAGAAGUUUUGGAAGAAACGGGCAUAAAAUCAGAAUUCAAGUCCCUUCUCAGCUUACGGCAGCAACACAGACACCCCGGAGCCUUUGGGAAGUCAGAUAUGUAUAUUAUCUGCCGCCUGCAGCCUUCCUCUUUCAACAUCAGUUUCUGCCAGCAGGAAUGCCUGAGGUGUGAAUGGAUGGAGCUAGCUGAGCUUGCCAAGACAAAAGACACUACUCCAAUCACCAGCAAUGUAGCGAGACUACUUCUGUAUGGUUACAAGGAAGGGUUUGAUAAAAUUGAUAUAACCAUGAGGGAAUUUCCAGCGGUAUACUCGGGUCUCUUCUAUAAGUUAUACCACAGACAGUUGCCAGAGCACUAUAGAAACAUGUCUGACUUACCAAAAAUUUAGUUGUUGUUUUUUUGUAAUGAAGGAUUACAUGUAUUAAAAUAUCUUAUACAUUUUGUUCCAGAUAAAACUCAGUACUUGUCUUUUACCUUCUAAAAGGUAACAUAUAUUAUUUCAAUUUAAAUGCUAAAUUUUUGUUAAUGCACAAUUAAAUCCCAAACCAAAUCUUGUAAUUCUAUCCCCAAACCAUCAAAUAAAAAAACAAGUAUAAUAUUAAAUUGGAAAUAAAUGUGUAUAGGUACUCCAUGCUGGCACAUUCACAAAGAUUUAUACAUGCUGAAAGGCACAAUAAUUCCAGGAAACACAGCAAGUUGAAGGUUACAAUAUACACAAUUCUAUAUCGUAAUAAUCUGGAAUCAGUCAGCAAAUGUAGUUGAUCCUGGCAAACACUUGGUCACAUUUUUCUGUCUUGUGAGGAGGGGGAAGUCUACUGCUGUUAUGGCAUAUUAUAGAUUCUGCCACUGAAGUCAACACUUGGCAGACAUUGGAAGGAAAAGGAUAGCUUUCUGUCCUCGUCCAGUUUUCGGUCCGAGUUUGUAUUGCCCAGUUCGUUUCAGUGCAACAUACCAAUCACUAUAUUUUCGAGACCGAUAUGUAUUGUAGUUAUUGGAUUCCAAACGUUCAAAGAAGAAGCAUUCAUCAGUUACAUAUUUCUGAAAAUGAAGAGAGAAUAAAUUAUUCAUAAUCGCCGCCUAUCAUCAUGAAAAUUAUUUUCCUAUCUAAUCAAAAGUAUUAAGCAUUUGGUUAAUUUCAAUCAUUUAGCAGAACCACUGUGUUUAUAAUAAAGCCAUUUAACACUUUAUAUCUUCUAAAUUCCCCAUCAGAAUAAUCUCAAAUGUUUGGGAUUUAACAUGACAGCUCCAUAUCACAGAUUAACAUCCCUCCUACUGCCUUAUGUAAGAGGAAGAGCAAUGGUGGCAACUCUUUGGGGACAGGGGACCAUCUUAUUUACUUUUCUAUGUAAACUGCUUUGAGAACUUUGGUUGAAGAGCAGUAUUUAAUAUUCGUGGUAGUAGAAAGUUGUCAUCCAAGAUUCUCCCUGGUAUCCCAGGUUGAGGCAGUGGCCAGAAGUGCCUUCUAUCGGCUUCGGCUGAUACGCCAGCUGCGUCCAUUUCUUGAGAUAAAUGACCUCAGAACAGUGGUACAUAUCCUGGUAACUGCCCGACUAGAUUACUGCAAUGCACCCUAUGUGGAGCUGCCCUUGUAUGUAGUCCAGAAACUACAGUUGGUACAGAAUGCGGCAGCCAGGUUCGUCUCUGGGUCAUCCUGGAGAGAACAUGUUACCCCCAUAUUGAAAGAGUUACACUGGCUGCAAAUAAGUUUCCGGGCAAAAUACAAGGUGCUGGUUAUAACCUAUAAAGCCCUAAAUGGCUUGGGACCUGGGUAUUUAAGAGAACGAUGUCUUCAUCAUGAACCCCACUGCCCAUUGAGAUCAUCAGGAGAGGUCCGCCUGCAGUUGCGACCGGCUCGUCCGGUGGCUACUAGGGAUGUGCACAGACCACGGAGGCACAGUCCAACGCCGGGGGUGUGUGUUGCUUUAAGGGCAGGGGGGUUGUACUUACCCCCCCCGCCGCCGCUUUCCCCCCUCCGGUGCUCCAUUUUCAAGCAAAAUCUUUGGGGCGUCAGCAGUCCUCCCUGCCCCCUUGUUGCCUCCUAAAAGUGGAAGUAACUCCCGCACAUGCACCUGCUGCUGCCGCGUGCACACUGCACAUGUCACAGUGACAUGCGUGCGGCAGGUGCAUGCGCAGCACUUACAUCCGCUUUUAGCAGGCAACAAGGGGGCAGGGGCGGCAGGGAGGACCACUGCCAUCUCAAAGAUUUUGCUUGAAAAAUGGAGCGCCGGAGGGAGGAAAGCGGCGGGAGGGGUAAGUACAACCCCCACCCCACCCUUAAAACAACACACACACACCCGGCGUCAGUCCGUCGGCCUCUAAAAUGGCCUGCGAACCAGUUCGUGCACAUCCCCAGUGGCUACUUGGGACGGGCCUUCUCCACUGCUGCCCCAAAGCUUUGGAACGUGCUCUCUGCUGAAAAAAGAGCCUCCCCAUCUCUGACAACUUUUUAAAAGUCUUUAAUUCACAUCUGUUCACCCAGGCUUUGAAUUAAAUAUUGUUUUAAUAGUUCUAAGGUUUUAAAAUAUUGUUUUAAAAUUUUAAAUUGUUGUAAUGUUUUUGUCAUUUAUUUUGUUUUAACUAAUGUUUUAACUUUUCUGUUAUUUAUUUUGCUUUGUUGUAAACCGCCCAGAGAUGUAAGUUUUGGGCAGCAUAAAAAUAUGUUAAAUAAAAAUAAGUAAAUAAAUAUGCUUGAUCACCAA